AUGGGUGGAGGAGAAGAAAGGGGAGGAGCUUCAAAGACGGCGUCGUUUUGGUCGUGGUGCAACGACGACACGAAGAAGGCGUACGGAGCCGUGGUAUUAACACGGCUGAUCUACGCCGGAAUGUUCUUGGUCUCGAAGGCGGCGUUCGACGGCGGCUUGAACCCUGCCAUUUUGGUGUUCUACCGGCAAGCCUUCGCCACCGUCAUCCUUGCUCCUCUUGCCCUCUUCCUCGAAUGGAAGCAUGCUCCACCGCUUUCGCUGCUCACCUUCAGCAAGAUUUUCGUGCUUGCUCUCGUCGGGAUAACAUUGGCGUUGAACCUCAAUGGCUUCGGCUUGCUUUACACCUCCGCCACCUUGGCCGCGGCUUCCAUUAAUUCCCUCCCCGUCGUGACUUUCUUCUUGGCCCUCCUCCUCCGGUAA